AAUUAGUUUUCCGUAAGAUCUCGAUGCGCACUGUUCUCUGCGGUUUCCGAUUCCGAUACGGUUCCUUGAAGAAUAUCUGGAAGAUAUAUAUCGAUUAGAAAAUCCCUUUUUAAGUGGUGCAAAUAUGAAUUCCCAAUCGGCAGUGCGUCGUUACCCACACAGUUUUUCCAUCGAGCAGAUUCUGGCCAAGCCGGAAAUGCGCAGCUCGAAUUCCUUUCAAGAAACGUCGCAGGAUGAAAGUGGUCGCGGUGGAUUAUGUGGAGUUUCGCGUGUUUCUAGUCCAGCAACAUCAAGUUGCUUGGAGGAUAAUUUGGACGACGGCAAAAGUGAUAUUGAUUUGGCGUCAGAUGACGGAAACGCCCUUGGCGAUGACCGCAAAAAGCGUCCGAGAACCGCCUUUUCCGCAGCUCAAAUAAAGGCAUUGGAAACAGAGUUUGAACGGGGAAAGUACCUUUCAGUGGCCAAAAGAACUGCGCUGGCCAAGCAACUUCAGCUUACUGAAACGCAGAUCAAGAUCUGGUUCCAAAACCGCCGCACCAAGUGGAAGCGCAAGUACACCUCGGACGUGGAAACACUCGCCUCGCACUACUACGCUCAGCUGGGAAUCGGAGGAUUGGCCAGACCCAUGGUGGUUGGCGAUCGGCUGUGGCUCUUCAGCCAGACGCCCACUGGUCCCACGCCCAUCCAGUCCAUCAUGCUGAAUGGCAGUGGAUCUGCGGCACCCAUGGGAGCUGCGACUGCCGCUGGUUCAUCCAUGCGUCCGUAUCCCUCGAGCAGUGGAAUGCCCCCUUUGCCGGGACCCAGUGUGAUGGAGAGUGCCCGCAAUGCAAUCCUGGCACGCGGACAGCCCUUGAACUUUGCCCUGCCCUUUGGCGUGGCCAAACCGCCGGCGGGAGGAGUUCCAUCCGCCAGCUACAUACCCCGCUGCAAGUCCUAUUCAAGCAGCUUUGUGGAUUAUGCGGCAACACUGCCACCAAACGAAGCCUAUCUGCAGAUGAAGUACGCCACAUUGCCGCCGGAAACGGAACCGGGCACCUCAAAUGGCUUGGCCGAGCUGGAACGAGUCUUCGGCGAUGCCAAUGCCAACUUCCUGCAGCAGCGAAGCACUCCAGUCACUGGAGCAGCCACAUCCUACGGCCACGAUGGAUUAAACCAAGCGCAAAGGAGCCGGAGACCCACGCAAUCGGAGUCCGAGUGCAGCGACAUCGACUGCGAGCAGCUAGAUGAUGACGAUGAGCCACCUGCUGUGGAGUGAAAACUGCAGUGCU